AUGAAAACAAAGAUAAAGUUGGAAGAGGGAAAAGGUGAUGAUGCUAAAUCUGAGGAGGUUCUCAGGUGUCAAUUAUGUGAUAAGGAGUUUGAGAGUUCAAGAGCCCGUAAAAAGUGCAUCAAGCAACUCAUCCAGCGCGGGAAAACUGUAGCGAUACAUGAAAGAGUUCAUACUGGAGAGCGGCCACAUAAGUGUGAGCAAUGUGGUAAAGACUUCAGUAAUCCGAAGAGUUACAGGUACCACAUAAGACAGCAUCUUGGUAAGAGGGUAAAGUGUGGAACUUGUGGAAAGACCUUUGCUUCUUCAGCCAACCUGAGUGUGCACGUGAGAACCCAUGGUGAUCAGCAGUUUCUGUGUGACAUAUGUGACAAGGGAUUCUACCAGUUAGGCAACCUUCGGAGACAUCAGAAGACUCAUCAACAAGAUGGUGAAUCUGACACAGAGAUGGUGAUGAAGAUUAAGCGGGCUAAACAUCCUCGAGCAGCAGUUAGACAAUCUGUUUGUAAAACUGACGGGCUAGAUACAUAUGGUGAAAGUCAAGCUGGCAAGUCACCUGUGUCACGUCUAAAACAGAAAUAUGCCAAGAGAAAGAUUACUAAAAGUGGAGUGAAACCAGAAGAGUGUGUAUUGCAGUGUGAUUUGUGUAGUCAGGUUUUCAGUGAUUAUAGCAGCCUGAAGAAUCAUAUUGAACUCCAUGUGAGACCCAUAUCCGUUAGAACUCGCUCAUCUUUGAGAUCAGGGUCUGCCAGAUCUGUAGACUCCGGUCUCAAUUGUGACCUGUGUGGGAAGACCGUCUCAACAAUGGUGGAGCUGAGGAGGCACAUAGCAGGUCAUGUUGGCUCAGAAGAGUUAGAUGAUGGAGAUGAGGAAGGAACUGCCUGCCUAGAUGGAGAUAUUAAAAACAGACCACAAGGGAUCCAUUUCAAAUGCUAUUUGUGUGAGAGGACUUUUAAACAAAGACAUUUACUGAAACGUCAUUUUCGGACACAUCGAGAAGAAAAGGGUCAGAUUGUUUCAUGUGAUGUAUGUGGGAAAGAUAUCCUAAGCAAAAGAUCUCAAAGGCCACAUUUAUGUGUGGGAUGUGACAGUGGCUCCCAGUGUAGGGAUACCAAUGCUAAAGUGGAGACAGGGAAUACUGGUAAAGAGACUGAUGAGGCCAAUGGAGAUAAUUCAGAUAGUGUUGUUAAUGUUAGUGCACUUUUUAGUGACGAUAGCUCCAAAUCAGAUCAAACUAAUUCUGGAAGAGAUACACAUUUGUUGGAAAAGGAAAACAGCAAAAGAAAAUACAAAAAAGCUCCCAAAAAUAAAGUGUGUGAGAUCUGUGGUAAAGCCUACAGUUCUUCCAAGAGACUGAAGUUGCAUCGACAAGAACAUGACACACCUCCAGAGCCAACAUUUACCUGUGAGAUGUGUGGGAAGUCUUUCAAUCGACUCAGUGGUUUGACACGCCACAAAAAGUCUCACGCUUCACCAAGGCUUUUUCCAUGUGAGUAUUGCGAAAAGAAUUUUAGCUGCAAAUCAAAGAUGGAAAUUCAUAUCAGGACUCACACUGGUGAGCGCCCUUACAAAUGUACAGACUGUGACAAGACGUUCGCCGCCAAGUCAGGGUACCAUCAACAUCGCCAGCUGCAUUUGCUUGGAAAAGUUAGUUGUCAGGUGUGUUCCAAGAUUCUUGCCAAUCAGUCCUACCUUAAACGGCACAUGCGUAUUCACACUCAAGAGAAGCCAUACAGGUGCAAGCUAUGUGGUGAAGCCUUCUACAUGUAUGGGACAUUCCGUAACCAUCGCCUUGCCCAUCAAGGUAUACCUCCCAAAGUCUACACCAAAAGCAACCAGCGACGUGUGAGGUGUGUGGGAAGUGAGAAACCAUUCACCUGUGAGGUAUGUGGUCGAGGCUUUGUCCAAGGUCAUGGGCUUCGACGUCAUCUCCAGUUCCAUGAAAAGGAAAAGUCUCGUCCAGAGAAGAAAUUUCAGUGUCAAGUGUGCCGCAACUUCUACCCUGACCUGAAGAACCUCCAGCGGCACAUGAUAUACCAUAACAGAGAGAGGAACUGCAAGUGCCAGCUUUGUGAUAAGGCUUACAUCAGACCAAGUCACCUUAAGAGACAUAUGAUAGACACUCAUAAAAUGAAUCCAAAGUCUAUGCAGAAGCCUCAGACACUUCCACAGCCGUGUGAACCUGCUCCCCCUCUUCUACAACCUCCCCCUAUUCAACAGACCCUUCUUCCUUCUCUUCAACACCUCUCAGCUCCAUCUCCCCAUCCUUCCGCAUCUCCAUCUGUCUCUGCUCUUCCUCACACAGCAACUGCUCAUGUUCCUCCUCUAGCUCCUCCUCAACCUCCUCAAGCCACAUCACUUGUUCCUCCAGCAGGUCUUGGUUGUGCCCCUCAACCUGCACCUCUUCAUCCGUCUCAGCAGCAGCAGUAUCAACAGUCUCCAAAUAAUCUGCAAAUGCACACUUUAGCUCCAGCCAUGUUUAGCUAUUACUGAGGCCAACUAUAUUUUAGUUAUCAAAGGUGGUGAAAGCAAUGAAAUUAAACUGCAUCAAGAUGUUUACCAAUCCAUAUGAAAAACAUUAAAUUCUUCUCUUUUAAACUGGAGCAGUGAUUGAGAAAAUGUCAUCUCUCUAAAAAUGGCCCAGGCCUCCCCAGGAUACUCAGAAGUCAGUCCUUAAAUGAUAAAUUUUUCAAUAAAAUUACAUUUCUUCAAAUUUACAUACAUUACUGAGA